AUGGGAACAUCAGUUGGGUUGAGGCAUUGGCCUCUACUAAUCUAUACAAUUGCAUUUUGCUUAAUUGUGAGCAUUGUAGCUGCUGCUGAUGAUUAUAAGCCUUACUUUAAAAGCCAACCAAACAAUUACUAUCCAACACCAACAAGUUAUGAAAGAAGACAGCCACCAUCUUCACCACCACCUCCAUAUGUCGAUAUAUUCCCACCAAGUUACUACAAGUCUCCACCCCCGCCAUCUAAAUCACCACCACCUCCUUAUGUCGACGUAUUCCCACCAAGUUCCUACAAGUCUCCACCUCUGCCAAUUAAAUCUCCACCACCACCUUAUGUUGACGUAUUUCCACCAAACUACUACAAGUCUCCACCCCCACAGUUUAAAUCACCACCACCUCCUUAUGUCAAUGUAUUCCCACCAAAUUACUACAGGUCUCCACCUCCUUCGUAUAAAUCACCACCACCUCCUUACGUAGACGUAUUCCCACCAAGUUACUACAAGUCUCCACCCCCACAGUUUAAAUCACCACCACCUCCUUAUGUCAAUGUAUUCCCACCAAAUUACUACAGGUCUCCACCUCCUUCGUAUAAAUCACCACCACCUCCUUACGUAGACGUAUUCCCAUCAAGUUACUACAAGUCUCCACCCCCGCCAUCUAAGUCACCACCACCUCCUUACGUAGACGUAUUCCCACCAAGUUACUACAAGUCUCCACCCCCGUCGUCUAAAUCACCACCGCCUCCUUAUGUCGAUGUAUUCCCACCUAGUGACUACAAGUCUCCACCCCCACUUUAUAAAUCACCACCACCUCCUUACGUAGACGUAUUCCCACCAAGUUACUACAAGUCUCCUCCACCCCCGCCGUCUAAAUCACCACCGCCUCCUUAUGUCGACGUAUUCCCACCAAGUUCCUACAAGUCUCCACCUCCUCCAUCUAAAUCACCACCGCCUCCUUAUGUCGACGUAUUCCCACCAACUGACUCACUAGUACAAAAAUGUUAA